GGUAGCAAGGUGUUACGUCAGAGUUCGCUCCCACUCGGUUUCCGCUGUUUGAGUGAAAGGUUGAAGUUAACUCUAGAAGUAGAGAUGAGUAGUUAGUGAAGCGUUAAAGCUAAAGUUGGGCUGAGGUUAAGUAUCUUGUAAUAAACGACAUGUUGUGGAGUUCAGAUGUGGAUGUAUUCUAAGCUUAGAGGGGACGCAAAUGUAUCGGCGUCAGAAUCACAUCAGCACCUGAGGGCGUAUCAUUUCGCCUCAUCCCAAACUGAAGGGAAAGAAACUCGGUUUCCAAUUAAAGCACUACUACGUCACAGAAGGCAGACUUGUGAGGAUGGCACCUACGAGCAUGAAGGGAAGCCCUGUUGUCUGUGCGGUGCUGGGUUGAAGUUGGAGAGUCACUGCUUGAAGAGUAUAGAUGAUAGACAAUGCAGUCCCUGUGAACAAGGAGAGUACCACAGUCAGCCUAAUUUCCAGCCUCAAUGUGACCCCUGCACAUCCUGUGAACACCCCAAUGCCAACCUAGAGGUGGAGGAACCCUGUACCCGUGCCAGGGACACUAAAUGUCGAUGUAAAAAGAAUCACUUUUGCAGUGACCCAGGAGCUUGCAAAAUCUGCCAACCCUGUAGAGAAUGUCAUGAUGAAGGUGUCAAAGUACCCUGCACAGCCAAAAAUAACACAGUCUGCAAUGACAAAAUUGAAGGGGGAAAUACUGGAACAAUAAUUGCCAUAAUUGUCCCAAUUCUACUCAUUGCUUUAUUAGCUUUAAUAGGACUGUGGUGUUGGAGAAAGAGAAAAUCGCAGGGGAAGACCUUAGUCCACCAACCAAAUAUCAACAUGGAGUUGGAGCCUCUUGAAGUUUCAGAUAUCGAGCCUCACCUGUCUGACAUUGCAGAAGAGCUUGGAUGGAAGGAUAUGAAGGACGUAGCAAUUCGUUGUGGGAUACCACCAGCUAGAAUUGAGUCUUGUGAACUGAACCACCGCGGUGAUGCUCAGGAGGCGACUUUGGAACUACUACGGAUCUGGGUGGAGAGGGAGGGCAGUGGUGCUGGACGAAAAUUAAUCCAAAUCCUACAGAAUAGUAACAAAAAGCGCAAAGCAGAGAAGGUGACAGACAUAUUGCGUAUUGAUUGCGCUGCCUAAUAAGACACUGCUGUUUGAAUGUGUCUAUUUGAAUAUUUGCAUUGUUGUCUACUGAUCACAUUACUGUUUUGAAAGGCACAUGGUGUGAUGUUUACAUGAUAGGACUAAGCUGUGUAUCUGUUGUUGGUCUCUGCAGCCACAACUGAAAAUUAAUUCUGUUCGACUCUGUCCGAGGUUAAGCGCUUUUCAUGUAAUAGAAAACGAGGCCUAUCAGUUGCUUGACCUGACCUCCGACUGAGACUGACGUAUAUUCCUCAAGGUCCCCGGCCUCUGGCGCUGGAAGUGCUGUUGCUGUAACAAACAUGUCAAACUCUGUUUAGAAUUUUUGAUAUUUUCAGCGUUUCUCUGCUGAAUAUCUGAGAUGAACGCUGGUUUACAAUGACUUCCAGGACUUUUUAACUGAUCGACCGUUUUGUAUUAUGCUGUUGUUAUAAGGUAAAAUAGUUGUUUUAUUUUGCUUCAAGUCUCUUUAAGUGGGUCUAUUUCCUUCCAAGAUUAGAUUAAACUGAAUUACAUCUCUGUUCUUGUAUUGAUAUAAGAAUGUUGUUGUGAAUGAUGAGUAGCUUGGCUCAUGUUGUAUAUUGUGCAAUAACCUGAAUAAAAGUGUCAGAUGGAGUAUGGUUUUUUUCCAUAUGUUGUGAAAUUGUGACUGGUUUAGUUUGGUCACGUAACGCUGAUAAAUAAAAAAAAAUAUUUCUAAAAAUACAAAGUAUGUUGUAGUUGCUUUAUACUGCCCUUUCCCUGGCCUUCUGGCAGCACCUGAACUCUAUUGUUAAACAAUCAUUUUCAUGAAUAAAAGCACUUUUUGUAAAUAAUGUAA